AUGGAUGAGAGCACCGGGUUUUCAACGUUCCCGAAAUCCGCUGGCCGACUGGUGUCACAACGCAACGGCAGCACGAUGAUGGCGACUGUUCCGGGCAACGGCACAACUGGUAGCGAGGGCACCAACCCGGUGGCGAACGGUGCAGGCCGUGACCGGCACACGGAUAGCAUCACCGAUAGUCCCCGGGAUGCGGCCACUGCUCGGCUGCGAACGUUUAUGGGCCGAACACCGAGUGCCAUCAAGUCAAAGUUUCUGUCCGUGCUCGGGAACAGCACGGAGAUCAUCAACGGUAUUUCGAACAAGAUCGAUGCUGCGCUCAGCCUGUCGUCGUCCUCCGACACCGAAACGACGGCCAACCGCAACCAGAUAAAGGUGGACGAUAUGCUGCGCCGGAAGUACGAGUCGUCCAACACGAAGCAUCCCGACGAUGGCCGCGGUGAACAGCAGAUCGAUUACGAGCUGCGUCGGGCGAAGGAACGGCGGGCCCACGAGGAGGUGCUAUCUGGCCGCUACCGGAAUCCUGCCUUUUCGCACCUGGUGCCACCGCAGAGUACUCCUCCACAGCCGGUGCCAAAGCAAACGGCGGCGGCAACCACCAACAACGCCGACCGGGCAGAGCGAGCCCCUUCGCACAGCAUCAGUGCCGACUUCAGCCACAGCAACUACAGCAACAACUCGUACUCGCUCGAGUCCCGUUCGCCUCAACCGUCCGCUGGCGGCGGUGGACCUCGGCUAGCGGAAGAGCAAGCGGGCGAAGCCAGACCGGCGGCUAGCCUCCACACACCGGAAGCUCACCCGGCACGAGACUUCGCCUGUCUCGGUGGCCGAGUGGAUCCACCGCUAGGCAUUCCGAGCAGCGCUUCAACAAGUGACAAUGAGUCGUGCGUCUUCAGCGGCACCCUGGAGUCGUCCGAGCUGAAGAUGUGGAUCCGGUCCGAGUCGGAGAACUCGGUGCCAUCGUGGGCAUCGUCCAUCAGCCUCGACAGCCAGUCGGAAGAGGCCGUGCUGGACUUUAUGAAACGCUUCGUGCGAAUUCUCUUCCACGACAGCGGCAGCGUAACGCUGCAGCUGAAGUCGGACUUUGGACAGUACGCACGGACGGAAACCGGUCGGCUGUGGUUUUCCCGUCUGGUGAACGCGCAACGAGCCAAGACGAAGCGCGUCGACGAGUCGACGUUCUACUCGCUGAUCCAAUACUUUGCGAUCGUCCUAUUCGAGUGUGCGGAAAGCGAGGACUACUCUCCGGCCAAAACUCUUAUGAACAUGUGCUUUACCUUCUACCAUGACAUCGAUGUCCCGGGCUGUGACCCGUAUCGGGAGUAUCUGUACACCUAUCUGCGCGAUCAGCCGAUCUGGCAGACGCUACGGUUCUGGAAUGCGGCCUUCUUCGAUGCACUCCAAACGGAGCGCAAGCACCGACCGGUGCCACCGACGAAGCAUCUCCCGGCGAAACCCUCACCGAAGGCUUCCGUCGUGAUCGAUCCGUCCACCGGUGCUGCUGCUGAGGAGGGGCCACUCGGAACCCUGACUCUAGCCGUGCCGGAAAUGGAACGUUCCUCAUCGACCAGUGCCUGCGAUCGGACUGAUCCGGCCGAGCUGCAAGAGGACAAACACUACCACCAGAACCUGAGCUUUGGCCAGCUGGGAAGUUUCACCUGCAACAUGCACGCGUUCGGUUUGUCACGGGACCUGUGCAACGAAUUUCUCGUCAAGCAGGCGGUUAUCGCCAAUCUAUCGGCAGAGCAACAGAAACUUCUCCAGGAGAACGUCGACCGUAUGUACCGUGAGACGGAUCCGUGGCGGGAGAACUAGGGUCCAGUCCGUCGGGCAGCUAGUAAGCACACGCAGUGAUAAUGGUAGCCACAACGCACCGUAGCGCGACGCAACGAAACCAGAUAGUAUUUUGUGAUAACGAUUUUGUGAUGUCCACUAGAUCUGAAGCGAUAGAGAACUAAGAAAUUGUUGGGGCAAAGUUAGAGCUCUGUGGCACGGAAAAAAUGGAACGGGGAAGAAGCACUCAUUGCCGACGAGCAUCACUUUACAUGAUACGAUCAUUCCUCGCAGUUGCACUUUUCUUUCUAAAUUUAAUUCGCACAGCGAAGACCGACGGUCCACGAGAUAUAGGACAGCUACGAAAGCAAUAGAGGACAAAUAUUCUACUCCAAACGAUAGGAUCUUGAAACCUAAAAGCAGUGGUCAAAUCCAUCCUACAAGCAAUCGUGUUAUACUAGGAGCCGUAAAAGUAAUAAAGAGUGUGAUUAAUUCGAUGCGACAAUAAACCGAAGGGCAGUGAGAGUGAAGCCGAACGACCAUCGAACGGGGGACGGUCAUGCUGCAAUCAAUGUUGUUCAUGCCGGCGCUGCCCAGGGAGAUCAUGAGAUCGUUAAACUAAUCGAUAUGAGCAAUGCUUUAAAUAGUCUUAACCAAGUGUGAGGAAGUGUACUUUCGCUGCGAAGCGACCGACUAGUUAUGACCACAAGCUUGUGACUCGGAAGUGGACGUUGCAUUACAGUGCAGGAGGAUCAACACUAAGACCGAUUGAUUGAAAUGCUCGGAUCAGCGGUGGCAAACGGUCCGUAGGUAAAACGUAGGUUCAACGCAUCGUGAUACAAAGGAAAAAAAUAACAAAAACCGUUAUCUAGUUCAUAAAAAAUGUUGAAAGUGAAGCAGAUCCGGGACCCGGACGAGUUACAAAAAGUAGAAAGAACGACGCUUCGACGUUCGCAAGAUACCACACAUUUUCUAUCUUCGUACGUUAGAUUUCGCCUGUCAGAAUCUCAAAGAAAAGUAACAAACAAAAAAAUCUAAUAAAACUCAACCACACA